AUGGAUGACUCUAGAAGACCUCUCUUGCGUGAAUCGUCUCCUGAGCGUACAGAUUCAACAUUCAGUACGGCCCGUCGAUGCACACGCCGUUAUCUAAACUCAAAGUUUGGUCACUACGCUAUCCUACUACUCGUGUGCCUCGACUGCUCAUGUAUCUUUGGCGAAUUUGUCAUCCAAAUCCUCACGUGCGAAGGCAGAGUCUCAGAGUCCAAAGGUGAUGUUGCUCAAGAAGCAAUAGGCAUUGUUGGUUUGGUCUUCUCGUGCUUGUUCAUGCUCGAAUUGAUGGCGAGUAUAUGGGCUUUUGGCUUCCAAUACUUCCGCUCAAAGUUUCACUGCUUUGAUGCCACUGUCAUUGUGGCCAGCUUCGUCAUCGAUGUCCUGCUGCGCGGUAUACUCGAAGAGGUUGCUUCUCUGGUUAUUAUCCUACGUCUCUGGCGCGUCAUCAAGAUCAUGGAAGAACUGAGUGUCGGCGCACAAGAACAGACAGAAGCACUGCGCGAGCGCAUCGAACUGCUCGAGCACGAGAAGUCGCAGAUGGAAAUCGAGCUUUCUGCACUGAAGGCUAAUCGGACUCAGGAGUCCUAUGCUUGA